CUACAAUACAAUCAUAUACAAUAAAUAAAUGAUAUGAACUACCCAAAUGAUUCAUUGAAUAGUGAUAUCGAGAGAAAGAAAAAGAAAAUUAGAAACAUACGUUCGUGGAAAAUGCUUGAAAGAAAAAUUGUUGGCGAUUAACUAUGCCAUGCACGUUCGCAACAACAUGAUACUGAAAAGUAGAAAUUUGUUUGAUAGCGGCGCCUAAUACUAAAGAGAGUCCAUAUACAUUGACCAAACCAUAUCAAUACUUUUGGUGCCGGCAUUUUGGAAUCAUAAGAAUGCCAUGUUCACUCUAGAUGACUGAUUGGGAUCAUAUCUUGAAACUCUGUAGUGUUAUACUUUGUUUCUUAUUGCUGCUUAUUAAUUUAUGGUAUAUAGCCUUAUCUAAUCUAUCCUUUUGAACACCUUUUUUUGUUUUUUUUUCAAAUUAAGGACAUACUUUCAACAUAGUUCUGGUUUUUCUUAAUUAUUUUGCUGUCUGAUUGAAUUGUCGACGAAACGAUUUUAUAACUUUGAUUAGAACCUCGAAUACCACAAGUCAGAUAUCGAAAUCCUACGAAAAUUUGCCCUCAAGUCGUUCCUGCGUCACCAUAGCGUGGGAUUUCUCGAUUAUCCGACUUGUGCUAUUCGGGAACAGUUUCUGCUGCAUAUAAAAACUAAUUUGGGUAAUUAGAAGUUAUAAAUAAGCAUUUGAGGUUAGGGUUGUCUAUUAAUGACCAAAAAUGCGCUUUAUCCACAAACUUUUCAACCUCUUUUCUUAAUAUAAAUGAAUAUAACACACAAAAUGAAAUAAAAAUGACCGAUUGUUACAUAAAAGCUCCUCUUUUCUUCUACUUCCAUUUCAGGUUUUUUUUUUCACUUCACAAGUAUCAUACAAAAUUAUCACAAGAUCCAACAAUGGAAGAAGUCUUCAUUGAAUGAAUACGAAGCUUAACUUCAUCAAUAUUACUUCAACUUUAUAUCUCUUUUUGCAAUACAAAAUGAGAAGUUAUCAUUAAAAAUGUGUGUUUCAUAUGAGUUUCUUCAAUUGAUGAGAAACUGUCAAAAAUAGUUGAUAGCAUUUGUAGUAGGUACAUUAAAACAAUCAUUUUGAAUGACUAGAGACCGUAACAAACUUGGUUGAAGUAAAUAUGAUUGCGUAAAGUGAAGUGAAAACGCGAUUUUGUUUUAUUUAUUCAUCAAUUAUUAUUUUGUGUUUAUUUCUUCGUGCAGCAUAAGAAGCACAAAAUAAAAUAAAAAAAAUAUCAAAACGAGGCAAGCAAAAAUAGCAAAAAAAAAAAAAUCAAGAUAGACAGAUAAAUGAAUAGACAUAUAAAAGUGAGCAAGUAAAUGUGUGUAUAGUGAUGAAGUGAAGUGAUCAUUGUCUCAUUGCUAUGCCGCUUUUGGUAACUCAAAGAGAUAGAAGCUUCAUUGCGGCAGGCGAUUAUCAAAAACUCUAUGGAACAUUUCUUCAUAAUCAAUAUCUAUUAGACAUGUCCAAGUGUAGAGAUUUAUAUACGAAUGGAAGAAAUGAUGAUGCCGAGAAGGAGGAAUCGAGGAAUGAAGACAAACAUUACAAUGAAAUGAAAACACAUCAGCUUCCGGUGAUGCAAUUACAAUCAUUUAACUAUCCAAAGAAUGUUUCAACGCUCCCAAGUCCAUCUUUGACAACGUCGUCGCUAAUUAAUAAUAAUAGCCUGUUGACAUUUCAAGACAUUCAAGACAUAAUGAUGCACCAUCAUCAGCAGCAGCAUCAACAUCAACAACACCAAUAUCAAUACAAUGAGCGGCAAGUGAAAAGAGAAAUUCUCAAUGAAAAUUUACAAACCAUAUCAAAAGCAUCAUCAUCAUCAUCAUCAUCAUCGUCAUCUCCAUCACCAAAUACAUCAACAAAAUUGUCACCAAAGCACAGCACUGUAAUGGAGAAAAAUGCAAAAGUGCAUCCAUUGUCCGUCAUUAAAACUGAAGCAUGUGAAAAUGGCAGUAAAAUUAGUAUUAAUCAUUCUAUACAAAAUAAGGCUGAUACUCAUCACAAUAGCAAUAGCUGUGGACGUACUGUACGUGAGGAACUUGAAGCAAGUCGAUCUAAAAUUCCUAAGCUUGAUAUUCCAUUAAAGAGGUCCUCAAAGUCACCGUCACCAAGUCGUUCAAAUGAUGGAGAAAGUAGUGAUGAGGGUAGUUAUCGAGAGAACUCAAACUCAAGUCCACCAUUGCCAAAAGAUGAUCACAUGAGACCGCUUAAUUUGAUUACCGACACACGGCAAUCACCAUCACCAUCACUUCAGAAUAAUGCAGCUAAUCAAAUGAAUAUGGCAUUGGCUGCACUUCAGUCUCAAUUACCACUAGCUCCAUUAUUUCUUCAGAAUCAAUUGGGAAUGAGUGCAUUGACUGGACAUCCCCAAGGUGAAAUGAAUUCUUUACAUCAAGCUUUACAAGCACAAUUUCAACAGCAAUUGCAAAACUACAUGCUAUUACAAGCAAGUGCAAAUCAUAGUGGAUCACCAGCUCAAGCAGCAGCUGCACAACUUCUUUUACAAAGUCAAGUUCAACAAGCAAUGGCACAAGCUGCACAGCAAUUGCAGGCUUUGCAAAAGCAACAACAAAAUAAUUUAAAGAGAACUCAUGCCCAAACUGAAUCAACAACGACGAUGACUAUGACGAGAAGUCCAUUACAUACACCAGAAAGUCCAUUAUUGGGAAGUAAUCGAACAACACCGCCUAAUUCGAUGACAGCGCAAUUAUCAGCAAGUGGUGGAAUUUUAACGCCAGCAACACCAAAUUCAGGUACACAUCCGCCACAAAAGACAAUGACAACUGCUGCACGAACGAUGGAGCCACACGAGGAAACGACAGAUUUGGAAGAGCUAGAACAAUUUUCGAAAACUUUUAAGCAACGUAGAAUAAAGCUUGGAUUUACACAAGGUGAUGUUGGCCUUGCGAUGGGCAAACUAUACGGAAAUGAUUUUUCACAAACAACCAUAUCAAGAUUUGAGGCUCUAAACUUGAGCUUCAAGAACAUGUGCAAACUGAAACCACUUCUUCAAAAAUGGCUUGAAGAUGCUGAUCGUAGCUUAAAUAAUCCUGGAGGAAUGUUCGGACCAAGUACAUUGAGUAGUCCAUUAUCAACACCUGAGAACAUGGGACGACGUAGAAAGAAGCGUACAUCAAUUGAAACAUCCGUACGAACGGCACUGGAGAAGGCAUUUUUUAUUAAUUCAAAGCCAACAAGUCAAGAAAUAGCUAAUCUGGCCGAUAAUUUGUGCAUUGAGAAGGAAGUCGUAAGAGUCUGGUUCUGCAAUCGUCGACAAAAGGAGAAACGUACACAUCCUGGCAUGAAUCCAGAAAGUCCCGAUGAUUCAAUGGGCAAUGGUUCUAGUAUGUUUGAACUAGCUUCACAUUACUCAUCAUCAAUGAAGCAAGAAUGACCAGCUCGUCGAAAUUCCGUUGCAUAAAUCUCGACUUCAUGCACACAUAAAGCUAUUCUUUCUCAUAAUUCUUUGUAAUAUAUAGCCUGACAACAAUAAUAAGAAGAAGAAUAAGAAGAAUAAUAGGAGUUAAAAAAAUUAUAAGCAACAUUCCAGAAUCGCCGCAAUGUCAUCAAUUCCCAUGACUGUGAUAACGACAGAUUUCCAAGAGGUACAGUGGUAAAUAAUUUGAAAAAGAUAAAUGAUAUGAAAAUAAUAAUAAAUAAUUAAAAUUAAUUAAAGUUAAUACUUAAAUGAAAAAAAAAAUUAUGAUUGUAAAGAAAAAAAUGAAAUUCUUGAAAAGCAUUUUAUAAUACACAAGAUGACUAUUUUAAUGACUAAAAAAUAUUUCACGAAAGUAAGAAGAUAAAAAAAAAACAUUGUACUUUUAAGGUGAUUAGAGCAAAUUUUAGAGAAAAUGAAAAAUAAAUAAAAGAAAUCGUGCUAAGUGUUUUU